CCGCCGUCAGGGGUACGAUCGUCCCGCUCAGACUAAUAUGGCAAGCGCAGCCGGGUCGUCUCGGGUGCCCAGAGUUGGUGUGGCGGUGUUUCUUCUCAGAGGCAAAACUGUGCUUCUAGGACGACGUCGUUCCUCUAUCGGCGCCUCCACUUUUGCUCUCCCCGGCGGCCAUCUCGAGUUCGGUGAGAGCUUUGAGGAGUGUGCGGCGAGGGAAGUGAAGGAAGAGACUGGUUUGGAGGUCGACAAGAUCGAGUACGUGACCUUGACGAACACCUUGUUCUUGGAUGAACCCAAACCGGCGCAUUACGUGACCAUCUUCAUGCGGGCGAGUAUGAAAGAUCCCGAUCAAGUUCCCCAGACUGUUGAGCCUGACAAGUGCGACGGUUGGGGUUGGUACGAGUGGGACGACCUCCCCAAACCACUGUUUUGGCCUUUGGAGAAGAUGGUGCAGAGUGGGUUAAGUCCUUUUCCGGAUCCCAAUUCCGGGCAGUAGAGAACUGUAAUGUCUUUAGUGUUUCCUUCAAAGUUCCAAGGGGUCUGUUUCAAUGUGAUUGCCGAAUAAUGUCACAAAUUCUGCAGCUUCUGAGUUUCUGUUGUUCUCUAAAUCCAAUUGAAUUAAACUUGGGAAAUAUAUUUA